CGUGGAUAAGAUUCUCGUAAAUUCUUAUUAAGAAAACAUUUUGUAAAUAUGAAGCUCAUCAUGAAGGACAGUUCAACAGUAAAACUAUAACAUUAUGUUUAUUAUAAGUUGUGAAUAAAUUUUGGAUAGUGAGUUUUAUUAAAGAUAUUUUAAAAAUUUCCAGUAGUAAAAAAACUUACAAUUACAUAAAUUAAAUUUUGUCUUUAAAUUUAUUCGAAAUUCGCAUAAACGUAGUGGUCGAUAUGAUAAGCGAGAAUACAAAUAUACAAAAAAUGCAAUUUUAAUAAAUAAAUAACAAUUAGAACAGAACAUAGAAAAGAAACAAAUGAGAAUUAGAUUUUAAUGGACGGUUUGAAACUUUCCAAAAAAUAAAGCUAUGAGAUUAAGUUGAUUUCUUUGAACAUAAAAAAUAGUUUUUUUCCACUAAAUGAUUUAAAAAAAACUACCAACUACUGAUUAACUAAAUAAAUUCCCUAGUUCAUAGGAAAUUUACCGACUUGCCAGACGAAUAUCAACACAAAGAGCAACAGACAACAGUCGUCAGUGAUAUUUGUAUCGAUAUAAAAUAGUAUUGUAAUUUAAAUUUAAAAAAUAUGUGCAAAAAUUAUUUUUUAAAAUCUGUCUCGCUUUACUGGUAAGUAAUAAAUAAACAAAAUAAAAAUGGCCAAAGAUGAAGGCGAUGAUUUAUUGCCCGAUAAAGAUGCAGCUAAAGGAUUUUAUGCCAAGUACGAGCCCAAGGAAAUUCUUGGAAGAGGAAUAUCAUCAACAGUAAGAAGAUGCAUUGAAAAAGAAACGGGAAUAGAGUAUGCGGCUAAAAUAAUUGAUAUUAGCAAUGAAACUCAUGAUGGUGUUGAAGGUCAUACGAUGAAAGAUGCGACAAUGCAAGAAGUUGUUAUUUUAAGACAAGUUGCAGGACAUCCUUAUAUAAUUGAACUACAUGAUGUAUUUGAAUCAAGUACAUUUAUAUUUCUAAUAUUUGAAUUAUGCAAAAAUGGAGAAUUGUUUGAUUACUUGACAUCUGUCGUGACGUUGUCUGAAAAAAAAACCCGUUACAUUAUGCGGCAGGUAUUUGAAGCUGUGUUACAUAUUCAUACUCAGGGUAUCGUUCACCGGGACUUGAAACCUGAAAAUAUUUUGCUUGAUGACAAUUUGAAUGUUAAAGUCACGGACUUUGGGUUCGCGAGAAUUUUGAAGCCUGGUGAUAAACUAUUUGAUUUGUGUGGAACUCCAGGAUACUUGGCGCCGGAAGUAUUAAAAUGCAACAUGUUCGAAAACACUGAUGGCUACGGAUACGAAGUCGAUGUAUGGGCAUGUGGUGUAAUAAUGUUUACAUUAUUAGUAGGAUGCCCGCCGUUUUGGAACCGCAAGCAAAUGGUUAUGCUGAGAAAUAUAAUGGAAGGUAAAUAUUCAUUCACUUCACCAGAGUGGGCGGAUAUUACCGACACUCCCAAAGAUUUGAUAAGAAAAUUAUUGGUCGUCGAUCCGACUAAACGGGCGACAAUAAGAGAAGCUCUUGAUCAUCCAUUUUUUCACACUGUGUUAUGGGACCAAGACAUUGCACCUCUCAAGCGUUCUCUAUCUUCUAACUCGCGACGUCUUAGUAGGAUUUCUCAGUUAGCUUUGGAGUUGAAAGCUAAAUCGUUCGACGCACGGAAACGAUUUCAAUUAGCUAUUCUCUGUGUACGUGCCGUUGUACGUAUCAAGAGAUUACACACAACUCCAGAGCCAUUGUCUACUUUAGUCGCUCGUGAUGAUCCAUACAGAAUUAAAGUUCUGCGUAAGGUAAUAGACGGAUGCGCCUUCAGAGUCUACGGUCACUGGGUAAAAAAAGGAGAAGGACAAAAUCGUGCUGCACUUUUUGAAAACACAGCAAAGACCGAGCUCAAGCAUCUAUACGUCAGUAAUUUAAGUAGAUAGCCGAUCUUCUAAAUAGUUAAUUAUUUAAAUUAGAUAAUUUCUUUUAUUUUACUUUUUUUUUUUUUUUAUGAAAUUAUAAUUAAAUGAGAAUGUUAGAAGUUUGUAUAAAUAUCAUAUAUUUUUAUUCUAGCACUUAAUUAUUUUAUUAUAAUUAUUAUUUUUUUUUUCUAGUGUUUGCUCUUUUAAAUAUUAUUUUAAGAGAUACAUUUUACAAGUAGGUUUGUUUAAUUUAUUCUAGUCAAUAUGUUAAUAGCUGGAGUGUAUUAAUUUACUUUAUUAAUUAAUUGAAGAAAGAGUUUUUAAUAAAUUUUAUUACAUGUCAAAAAUAUCGCACGAGAUUUAAAAAAAGAAAAUGUUUUAGCAAUAAAUUGUAUAUAA